AGCCGCGCACAGGCCAUCCAACCAUGAACCCAACCAUGUCCUCAAGUUGACACGGCGCAUCUUGAACCACACCCCGUAGCUGCCCUCGUGCGCAGCGCAAUGUACCCCCAAUAACCAGUCUGUCACCAAACAUCGAAACGUCUUCGCAAUAGCAACAAUCGCAUCGUUAAGAACCAGAAAAAAAAGAAAAGCAGAAUGCCACCCAAAUUGUCCAAGAGACCCUGGCUCCCAGCCGUGGCUCUCUUCUCCUUCUUCAGCACGCUUGCGACGGCAUUGAGCGGCCAGGAGCCGCUGGGCACUCUGGAAGAACAACGCGGAUAUAAUCCCGGCGAGCCAAUUCCAGUCAGCUGUCUGAAUCGCACCAUAGAAACAGGUGAACAUAUCACAGACGCAGCCGGCCACUUACAAUACAUACCCUUCCCCGUCUGCAACGAAACCGGUCGCCCCCUCGAACUCUUCUUUGGCGUCGAAAAAGACGUGAACUGCACAAUAGACUUUGUAACUGAUGAAUUCUUCCAUCUCCUCGAAUUCUACAUCCACAACGACGCCCCCCUCUCCUGCCGCAUCCCCUCGAAGCCCCUCCCCCCCUCGGUCCUCGCAACCCAAUACAUCGUCUCGGACAGCUCAACCCAAGAAGGCGCACUUGGAUCUCAAUCCUCUUCUUACACGCCGCUCGUCGUCGCACUAGCAGGAACCCUGCAACUCUCGCACUUACACGUGGGUAAUUAUCUGAAUCUACUAGUCCACGCGGUCCCGAAACAGAGUAGUCCUGGAACGAUCGAUGCGGCGACGGCGUAUAGUGUGAGUAGUCAUACGCGGAAUACGAAGAUUACGAUUGGGGAUAGUUUGCCGUUGGUGUUUGCGGUUAGGUGGUAUCCGAGUACGACGUUGCCGCCGGGGUGGAGUGGGUAUGGGGGCCAUAUUUAUACGAGUACGUUGGUGUAUUGUUUCCUGAGUGCUGUAGCGAGUGCAGCAGUUUGUGUAGUUUACUUUAGAGGCGUAGAGUUGCCUAGGAGGCUUAAGAGGUAUGCGACAGAUAGGAUGAAUGGGGGUGGAAGAGGGUUCGGCAAUGGAGGGAGUGGGUAUGGGCUGCCUGUUGCGAACGCUAGGGAUGGUGCUCCAAGCAUGGGUAGUGGUUAUGGCUUGGGAGGAUAUGGUUACAGAGGUGGAAAGAGAGCCGACUAAAAACACUUACCAAACAGUCAUACAAAACAUAGAAUUCACACAUCAGUCCAUAAAGGCAAAAUGUAUCCAUGU